AUGAGCUCGUUGAGCUUACCAUCACUUCCAGUCGAACUACUUUACGAAAUCCAAAGUUUCGCCUUGUCCUCCUCGCUGCCCCUCACGUCAAGGCAUCUUUACGCAGUCUUCAAGUCCGCCCCGUUGUCUAUUCACGCAUCGUAUCUCAUAGGCCGCUACAUAAAUAGCGAGACUGCGUCCUUCAGAAGUGGUCUUAUCUCUGUCGUCCUCAGAUACCCCCUCUGCACUCAAGACGUCUUGGAAGCAAUCUUUCGCAGUCCUGAGUGUCCGCCUCAGAGGUUUCGCACCCCGACUGAGCUACCCAGACGGCUCUUUCGUGCGCUAGCACCCAAGAAAUCCCAGUUGAGAAAACGGAAGCGGGAAGAGGGCGACGAGGGGUGGUCACCCGACGAUGAGCCUCUCCCGUUCUUGCACUACCUAUAUGACCAUCCCCGUAUCCCUCACCUGUACGCCAACUCCUUUGACGGCUAUGCGCUGACGAAGGCCGUCCAUGCUGGUUUUCUCCCCCUUGUCCGCUUCUUGCUCGAGCACGACGCCUCCCCAGCAUGUAAGGACGGGCUGGCAGUGAUGGUGGCCAUUCGGCGGAAAGACCUCGGUCUCGUUCGCAUGCUGGUUGAACGUGAUGACAGACAGCUUCAAAAGAAGGCGCGGACCGCAUCAGUUGCGCCAGAAGGGACACAAGGUGUGGCAGGUCAGACCGCAAGUGUGCCGAAUGGGAACGAGAGUGAGGCGAAACAGGAAGGUUUCAAGAGCUCGAAGAGGAGAAGGCUCGAGGACAGAGUGCGGGUAAACCAGGCCAUGCUCAGGACGGCGGUGAAAUGCGACGCAAGGGAGAUUGUCGAAUAUCUCGUGAAGGAGAAGGGCUGCGUCCCUGACAUGAAGACCGUUCUCAUGAUAAACUCGCACGAGUGA